GGCGGGCGCGGUUUAAAGGCGGCGACGGGGCGGGGGACGGCGGUGGCGGCGGCGCGGAGAGGCGAGGAGCGGAGGGAAGGAUGUUGAAGAGCUGCGGGAGGAAGCUGCUCCUGUCCCUCGUGGGCUCCAUGUUCACCUGCCUCCUGGUGCUCAUGGUGGAGCCGCCGGGGAGGCCGGGGCUGGCCCGGGGGGAGGCCGGCGGGGCGCAGCGGGCGCUGCAGAGCCUGGGGGCGGCGGCGGCCGUGGCCCCCCCGGCUGCGCAGGGGCCGCCCGGGCUCCGCAGCUUCGCCGAUUAUUUUGGGAGGCUGAGCCGAGCGCGGCGGGAGCUGCCCCCGGCCCCGCCGAGCCCCCCGCGCCCGCCGGCCGAGGACAUCUCCCCCCGCGAUGUCUUCAUCGCCGUCAAAACCACCAAGAAGUUUCACAAGGCGCGGCUAGAGCUGCUGCUCGACACCUGGAUCUCCCGCAACCGCGACAUGACCUUCAUCUUCACUGACGGGGAGGAUGAGGAGCUGAAGAAGCAAGCACGAAAUGUCAUCAACACCAACUGCUCGGCUGCCCACAGCCGCCAGGCCCUGUCCUGCAAGAUGGCCGUGGAGUACGACAAGUUCAUCGAGUCUGGCAGAAAAUGGUUCUGCCACGUGGACGAUGACAACUACGUGAACGUGCGGAUGCUGGUGAAGCUGCUCUCCAGCUACCCCCACACACAGGACAUCUACAUCGGGAAACCCAGCCUGGACCGGCCCAUCCAGGCUACAGAGAGGAUCAGUGAGAACAAGAUGCAUCCUGUGCAUUUCUGGUUUGCCACGGGUGGAGCAGGGUUCUGUAUCAGCCGGGGGCUGGCACUGAAGAUGAGCCCUUGGGCCAGUGGGGGUCACUUCAUGAGCACUGCAGAGAAGAUCCGCCUGCCCGACGACUGCACCAUCGGCUACAUCAUCGAGUCCGUGCUGGGCGUGAAGCUCAUCCGGAGCAACCUCUUCCACUCCCACCUGGAGAACCUCCACCAGGUGCCCAAGUCGGAGAUCCACAAACAGGUGACACUGAGCUACGGCAUGUUCGAAAACAAGCGCAACUCCAUCCACAUGAAGGGCGCCUUCUCCGUCGAGGAGGACCCAUCCAGGUUCCGCUCCGUGCACUGCCUGCUGUACCCCGACACGCCGUGGUGCCCCACCAACAUGGUUUACUAGGAGGUGCACGUGCCCUCCAACCUCGUCCCGAGUUUCCCCGGUAUCCGACGGGCGUGCGGGACCUGCGUGCGGGUGUGUCGGUCCGGCCUCGCCGCCGGACGGACGGACGGACGUCGUUGCUGUGGUAUUGCACAGUGUGUGUGUACUGAAGGCUGCUGUGCGGCCCCCUGAGCCCUGCCCUGCCUGCUCCGGCCGGGAUGGGGGAGAGGGACGGGAACUGAGCACUUAAACCACUGGGCACCCCGCGGCUGGCGGGCCCCACGCCAUGCGUGGGGAGCGGCCGCAGCGCGGGGCCCUGCCCCACCCCGGCCUUGCUUCUCCUUCUUUUUUUUUUUUUUUUUCUUUCAAAUGUUAAGUUUUUUUGGUGUGUUCUUCCCCUCUUUGCAUCUACCCCCCCAGUCUGCUCCCAUAACCCCUCACCCAGCCCAUCCUCUCUCCCAGUCCCAAAAUCUCAGCAGCGAAGCUCUGGCUCCCAGUUCGGAUGAGGGGUCCCUGUGGGUUCUGCUCUCUGGCUUGGCAGGCAGGCAGAGGUGGGCAGGGGAAGCCUGUGGCCAUGGUAAUGGUUCCUCCAGGGUCCUGCAAAGCUGCUGGGUGCUCAGCAGCCUCACUGGAGGGAGACAGUGGGGACAGAGCUGGUGCUGGUGUUGACUCCAUUUCCCAGAGCUCCCCCCCACACGGGUGAAGCGUUGAGGGCAGCAUGGGUGGGUGAACUAUUUAUGGACUGGUGUAAAGACUUUCUAUAAAUACAGGGGUGGGAGGAGGGCUUUUCCCGAGCUGCCACAGUGGAGUGGGCACCAUGUUUGUCCAGGGUCUCCCUCCAGUGCUGCUCAGGCAGCCCUGCAGCUCUGCAAAGGGACACCUCGAGGUGCCUGGGGGCUGUGUGGCUGUCCCCUGUGGGCAGAGCAUCCUCCAGCCCUGCCUUGGCUGUUGGUGCUGCCCAGCUGGGCACCUGCACAGGCAGGGGUUUAUCCAGGGAAGGAGAGGGACCCUACAUCCUCCGAGAGCUGCCCUGCCUGCCAACACCAGCCCUCUCUCUGCCCCUGGGCUGAGCCAGAGCUGAACAUUUCCAACUUGAAGCUGAGUGAAAAUAGCCCAUAAUGGGUGUGUUGUAAAUAUGUUAUUGAGCCAGUAUUUUUUUUACUGUGCCUUUUUUUUUAAGAGAAAAAAAAAAACACAUUGAGAAAUAUGUAGAUUUUAAGAUGCUUUUUAUACAUUUUCUGUGGAUCAGAAAAAGAAAAAUCCCCGACCUUUGAUAAUCUGUUUAAGAAAGAAAAAAAAAAAUUGCGAUGUCUUGUAACUAUCACUUACCUUAAUUUAUAUGUUCCAGUAUCUGGAAUGUCACUCUGUGCUUUUUGUAACUAGGAUGUGUUUAAAGCAAUAGAUGUGGGAAGGGGAACCAGCAUGGACAGUGUGUUCUCAGGGACCUGAACCCGAUCGCUGCCACGGGGUUCCCGUGGGAGCGGUCACCAAUAAAGCGGCUUUUUUGCUGACCACAGUCA